CCUCCUUUACAAAAUCUAGACCGUGCUAAUGACGUCUUUUUCGGGUCCCUAAACUCUUUUGGUUCAAAUGUCGUCACCAGGAACCCUGCCCUUGUGAGAAAGGAACAGAUAGUGAGAAGCAUUCGGAAGGAAGCUCUAUAAAAUGAGCAACAAGUUCUUCACAACCCAAGUUGGUUCUGCAUACCGGUUACUGCGAGAACAUUUCAGAUCCACCUAUCGUUCGCAAAACAAUAUCCAUAACUAAAAACGUCCUCUCCUCACCACCAAAAUGUCUUCCGAAAACCCCCCUUCCUAUGAACCCAACCGCCGCUUCGUCUCGAACUUUGACGCCAAGAACCCGCAACAUACCGCGGACUACAACGUCGGUCCCGCUGGAGCGCAGAGCUUCUACCCAUCGGCGAACGAAUACGUGCCCCCGACUGCCGAACCCUCGCAGGCCCACACCAGCUACCCCAACGUUGGCAACAGCACCAGCUACCCCAACGCUGUUGAACAGCACAAUGGCAACUACCCGACCGCCCCGCCCGUCUCGAGCGCGCCGCUGCCUACUCCGCAGCAGCAAAGUACAUACAAUGUCCCGACUACAGUGCCCGCGACGCAGGCUGUGGUGUAUGGAGAGACUGUGAAUCUCCAUUUCUACCGUGAAGGAUGGGUAUCCCGCGACUGCCGUAUCCUAGCUGGUGACAAGAAGAACAUGGCGUACCAUAUCGAGUAUCCAUACAGCUUUUUUGGCAGCUGGCAUGUGAAUAUGCGCCGAAGCGGCCCGAAAGGUCCCACCAUAUUCUUGAUCAAGAAGUCUGCGAUUGGAUCCGAUUUCACCAUUGAGGAUCCCGUCAACACGAACCAGAGGGUUAAGCUGAUCCGCUCUGGGGGUGUGAUUGGGAAAAGGAAGCAUGCUUUUAUGGGUUCUGAUGGCAAGCAGUAUGCUUGGAAAGGGAACAAUUUGGGUGGCGAUCUCAAGCUCGUCUGCUACCCUCAGAAGACAGUUGCCGCGUUCUUCAAUCGUACGAAGCACGCUUGGGCGAAAGAAGGUCGCUUGGAAAUCUUGCCCUCCGGCCAGCACAUCAUGGAUCUUAUCGUAGCGACAGGGUUCUGUGUGGAGGAGUGGGAGCGCCAAAACCGUUAGUAGGUGUUCAGUGUCCACCCGGUAGGGUAGUAGCUUUUGGGGGUUGUGAUAGGAUCGCCGGCUUUCUUUGUAUGUAGCUGGUGCAUGUCGUAAUAAAAAAUGCAUGCGAAACUUGCUCCUGAUUAGCACUAGCUGUUAAGAUAUCCUUGAGCGAGCAGUUUGUCGAUGGGAAGAGGACAAUCGAAUUGCUUUGUGGGCAUCCUCCACGGGGCAUGUCCAAGAAAAGUUCUCCCC